AUGGGUACCAGCAGAAGCAAGAGGAGGAAGAAGCAGCAGCAGCAGCGCCAACAGCAACAGCUGCAGCAACAGCAACAGCAACAGACACCACCACAGGAUGUGGCAACACCGUUGGCAACAAAUACACCACCGGUGCCACCACCACCACCACCGGCAACACCACCAGGUAGCACUGAACCACCACCAUCCACUCCUGUCAAGUCACCAGUGGAUCCACCCUCAGUCCACCGGCUACCUGUGGUUCCCCCACCAUCUUACCAACCCAGUGGAUCAUCUGUUGCAUCCUCCAACCUUGCCAAGCAUGAUACCACCAUGAUUAGCCAACAGCUAGCACAACUGGUGGAGGCAUUGCACCAACAAAAGGAGGAGACCAUGGAGCGCCAGGCUGCUUUUGAGGCCAGGCUAUCCCAACAACAACAGGACAUCAACCAGUCUAGUGUCUCCAUCCAUGGGUUGGUCCACACCUUGAUGGACCAAACCAACAAGCAACUUGGCCUCAUGGGUAUUGGAGGGAUCAGCCCUAUUCCUUCCAAUGCAUCCUCUUCAUUGGAUCACCAUCCUAAUGGUUUACUGCCCAUGCGACAAGGUGUGGAAGGAACCACUGGUUCUAUAGCACAGUCUCAAGGCAGUUCAGAACCAAUUGGUUUGGGUUCAGGAUUGAGUGAUGUUGGGGGCCAUCCUGGUCCAUCCCCUCAGCCCCAAGUGGAUAUAGAUGUUGCCAUCCCACCUUGUGGAGAUGAAGUCAUUGACCAUUUGAGGGCCCUCAAGGAGGAGGAUAAGACUACAAAGACUACUUCAACCCAACCAACACCAACACAUGGCAGCAGUAUACCUUCAACAUUCUCCCUGCCUUACACCCCUGUACCACCGGUGUCAUCCAACCACGCCCCAACUCAACCUGUUCAACCUGUUAGCAGUACAGCCAUCUUCCAAUACCCCAAACGGUACCACAGAUCUGGAGACGACAACCGUUCUACAGACAGCCAGAAUCUCAUCUUUCCAGAGGCAUUGCCCACAGACAGGAAACACACUACUCAGGAAGGUGGAUCAUAA